UCAUCCAUCGUGAUACAUCGUUGUCGUCGAGUUCCUGAUCCAAUGUCUCAUAUCGCUGUCGAGAGAAACCGCCGCAAGCAGAUGAACGACCACCUCAAAGUCCUACGUUCCUUAACACCGUGUUUCUACAUCAAACGGGGUGAUCAAGCCUCGAUUAUUGGUGGAGUGAUCGAGUUCAUAAAGGAGCUGCAUCAAGUGGUACAGUCGUUGGAGACGAAGAAGAGGAGGAAGAGCCUGAGCCCUAGCCCGGGCCCCAGCCCUAGGCAGUUCAGGCUCAGUCCUCCUCAGCCGGAAACCCCCUUUUUUGGGGAUUUCAAGGAGUUGGGAGCUUGCUGCAACUCCCCGGUUGCUGACGUGGAGGCGAAGAUCUCGGGAUCCAACGUGAUUCUAAGAACUAUAUCGAAACGAAUCCCGGGGCAGAUCGUGAGGAUCGUUGGUGUCUUGGAGAGGCUUUCCUUUGAGAUUCUUCACUUGAACAUUAGCACCAUGGAAGAUACCGUUCUUUACUCCUUUGUUGUCAAGAUAGGGUUGGAGUGCCAAGUGAGUGUGGAGGAGCUCGCAUUUGAAGUUCAGCAAAGUUUCUGCUCUCAACAAGUCUACAUUAGGGAACAUGCACAAAUUUUGUCAUGAAAAAUUAACAAAUUAGACUUCUAUGUACUCAUCAAUGUAAUCCUAAACCCUAAAACAUGAACCCUAUAUAUAUAGUGAGUUUGUAUGUGUGUGUUAACUAGGUUUCUAUAUAUGUAUGAAGGGAAAGAAAGUGAGAAUAUUCACUUCAUAUGUGUUGUUACUAUCUAAAUGUAAGGGUUACAUGAGAUGGAGUACUUGGUUCUUUUCUUGUACAUCUUCCUCAAUAUU